CAUCAGCAUCAUGUAAAACAGAUGAAAGUCCAGGUGAAGUUAAUGAUUUUAAUAAUACAAAUAAUGGUCAAACACAUACAUAUAAUGAUCAACAAUACCAACAAAAUGAUUGUUCAUUAUCAUCAUUAAUUCCACCACAACAUAAAUCUAAACAAACAUGUCUAAAAACAAAAGAAAUUAGUUGUACAACAGAUGAUGGUUUUUGGAUACAAAAACAAUAUUAUAAUGAAUUAGAUGAUACAUCAAAAGAAUUAUUUGAUUCAUUAAUGGAUAAAUUAGAAAAAAUUCGUAUAGCCAAUGAAGAAAAUGCAGCUAAAAAACAACAACAUCUUGUUGAAAGAACAAGAUCAAAUAAAUCAUCUGUUUUUAAUUCAACUAUUUCAUUAUCAACAAUAACACAAUCAAAUGAUGAAAAAGAUUUAACAAUUAAAUUAACAGAAGAUGAACAAAAUAAUAAGGUUGAAGAAUCAACAACCAAUAAUGAUGAAAAAAAAAACCAAUGA